CAACAUUAUCCGGUCCUGUGCAGUCGGAUGUCUUUCGUCGGCGCGGAAGGAUCGAACUGUGAUGAUGCUGAAGAUCCUAGGUGAACUUGCCCUAGUAGGGGCGAUAGCGUCUGUGUUCAUAGUAGCGGCACAAGGGCGCGCGGCGGAGCGGGCUGCCGAGGAAGCUGCGGGGAGGGAGUACAUAAGGAAUCUGGAUGAACUGACUUCAAAGGCAUUGAAUAGGAAGACCAUAGCCAGCUGGAAUUACGAGAGUAAUAUCACCGAACAUAAUGAACAAAUACAGAUGCAAGUGUUCCUUGAAGUUGCGGAAGAACAGAAAGAAUAUUGGAAGGAGACGAUGACAUACUUGUGGCGAGAGUUCGAAGACGAGGACCUGAAGAGGAUGUUUAAGAAGUACUCACAAUUGGGCACGGCCGCGCUGCCGGAGGACCUGAACCAGCGACUGAUACAGGCCGUUAAUAACAUGCAGGCUACUUACGCUAAGGCGACAAUCUGCGACUAUAAGGAGAGGAACAAAUGCGACUUGCAUGUUGAACCAGAUGUGACAGAUAUCUUCGCAAAGAGCCAGGAUGCAGAGGAACUAAAGUACACGUGGGUUGAAUGGCAUAAGGCAGCUGGUGCACCCUCUCGCGGCAACUUUACUGAAUACGUUCAGAUGAACAACGAAGCAGCCAAGUUGAACGGUUACGACACGGCUGCUGAGUGGUGGCUGAGCGAGUACGAGCAGGACGAUAGCGAGGAUCAGUUCCUGGCUCUGUGGCAGCAAGUGAAGCCUCUGUAUCAACAGAUUCAUGCUUACGUGCGACGACAUCUGCGACUCAAGUACGGGGAUAGUGUCGUGCCUGCGAAGGGACCGAUACCGGCGCAUCUGUUAGGCAACAUCUGGGCGCAGACAUGGGGCGGCGUGGAGAAAUUCACACGACCGUAUCCUGACAAACCAGACGUUGAUAUAACCGCUGCUUUGAUCAGUCAGAACUACACAGCUCUCAAAAUGUUUAAAACUGCGGAAGAGUUCUUCACGUCAUUGAAUUUAAGCGGCAUGCCGGACUUGUUUUGGGAGAGAUCGAUCAUAGAGAAGCCAGAUGACGGCCGUGACAUGGUUUGUCAUGCCUCUGCUUGGGAUUUCUACGACGGCGAAGAUUUUAGAAUCAAGCAGUGCACAACAAUAACAAAGAACUUCUUCCUGACCACACACCACGAGAUGGGCCACAUACAGUAUUACCUGCAGUACAAAGAUCAACCCGUCAUAUACAGGGCAGGAGCUAAUCCAGGUUUCCAUGAGGCAGUCGGUGAUGUUAUGUCCUUGUCUGUAUCCACACCGAAACAUUUGAGAGUCAUGGGUCUGCUGGAAGAUGGCCCCGAUGAUUUGGAGUCAAAUAUCAAUCAACUUUAUAAAAUGGGUUUGGACAAAAUAGUGUUCCUACCGUUUGCAUACCUACUCGAUCUGUUCCGUUACGGAGUGUUCCGAGGCACGACUGACCCACAGGACUACAACUGUCACUUCUGGCAGCUUCGAGAAGCGCUGCAAGGCGUGGAACCUGCUGCGCCUCGGACUGAAGAGGACUUUGAUCCCGCUGCCAAAUAUCAUAUCGCAGCUGAUGUUGAGUACAUGAGGUACUACAUAUCGUAUAUAAUUCAGUUCCAAUUCCAUCGCUCGCUGUGUCACCUGGCGGGCGAGUACACGCCGGGCGAUGCCAGCAAUCUACUCUCUAACUGCGAUAUCUACAAGAGCACCACCGCUGGCAAUGCUUUAGGUAAAAUGCUGCAACUAGGCUCAUCGAAGCCAUGGCCGGAUGCGAUGGAAAUGUUAACGGGUCAGCGUAAGAUGGAUGCUAGUGGUGUACUUGAGUACUUCCAGCCUCUGCACGACUGGCUCAAGACCGAGAACGAAAGAACCGGCGAAUACAUCGGAUGGGAACCGAGUACAGUUCAAUAUUGCUCGGAGGAACAGCGAUCACAGAUGGAGGGUUCAGAAUUUAAGAAGAUAUUAGACAAGCUCAAAGCUUAAUAUUGUUUAUUGUUAUAAAAAUGUGCAAAUAAAUA